AAUGGGCGAGCCCUGACAUUGUGUUUUACUCUGUGUUUUUGGUUUUCAUUAAGUUGAAUGAUAUAACUGAGUGUGGAAUGUUGUCUUCUUAGGGCCGUUGCAAUGGAAGGGAAAAAAGCAAGUGUAAGAAAAAAAUUAAAUUUUUUGUUUAUAUAUUAUUUAAUUAUCUUACGGAUUGUAGUUAGUAAUAAAUUUUUAUGAUUUUUUUUGUAGUGGCGACUUCUUAUCUCGAUGGAUUCAUCGAUCAUUAUUGAAAUGAAUCGUUUACUCCGACAGUGUCAUGUGGAUCGGAUUAGUAUGACACCAUUUAUGUGGUGUUUGAAUAUUAAUAACCCUGUGGAGGUGAAUUUAAAAUUAUUGAAGGUUAUGGUUAGCAGGUGGGUUGGAAAUGAUAACAGUUUCAGAGUUAGUCAAAACUUGGUGCCCUUUAGAGUUGUUGAUGUGUUGAUGAGCUUAGGUUUAGAAAUAGGUGGUUUAGAGAUUCCCUUUGAUGAAGUAGUUUGUGGAUUGGUUGGUGAAAUGUUCAAAUCAAAAACCAUCAGUUUGAAGGACUUGACAGACAUGUUUAAUGUCAUUGUUGAUGAUAAAAACAUUGAAGUCGAUGUAGUGUGUAGGUUAUAUAUAUUAGUUUGUUUAGUUGUUUUCUAUUUCCCUAGGAAAUCAAGGCAUGUUUGUAACAUGCCUUUUGGAGUGUUAGAUGACUUAGACCGUUUGUGUGUAUAUGAUUGGUGCACCGGUGUACAUAAACACAUUGUAGAGAAUUUAAAUAAAUGUAAGAAGAAAAUUAUGGGAGCAGGUAUCCCCCAGUCAGUCACUCUCAGUGGCAAUGUGGCAGUGUUGCAGGCUUGGGCGGUUGAGAGACUUUCUUUGCAUGGUCAUCCUUCGCACCGGUUUUUCCCCCGCAUAAUGAGAUGUUAA